GAAUUAACCGUGAUGCACUUUCACAGAAUAUAAUAAGAUAAGUUAGUUUACUUUUAUUUCUACUUGCACUUUCAUCGCUGAAAUACCCUAAAAUAUUUCUGCACAACUAAUUCUCGAGAACGCAGCGCCGAGCCGGAGACAGAGACACCUCUACAUCCAGCUUUCUCUAGUUUUCACUGUGUGAGAUGGCAGGAAGAAAUCGCAUUCCUCGGGAAGCAUUUGAUAACCGCCGGGGCUUUCCGGCAGAAGGGCAUAUAGCCCGGGGUCCUAUGCCUCGACCCACUCCCCAUCCUGCCUUGUUAGAGGAGGAACUUGAAAUACAACAUCUUGAGAUACGCAGACUUCUGGGUGAAAACAGGAGAUUAGUUGAAGAUCGAAUAGCUCUUCAACGGGAAUCAGCUGCUGCAAAGGAGGAGCUAUAUCGAAUGAACCUUGCCAUAGGUGAUAUGCAAGCGGAGCAUGAAAUUCGCUCCAGGGAAUUAAUUGAAAGAGGUUUGAAGCUUGAAGGAGAUCUUCGAGCUACAGAACCUCUGAAAAAUGAGGCUAAACAGCUCCAUGUUGAAGUUCAGAAGCUUAAUAUUAUUAAGCAGGAUCUAACUGGCCAGGUACAGUCCCUCACCAAGGACCUUGCCAAGCUACAAGCUGAUAGCCAACAGAUUCCUCAUUUUAGGGCUGAGAUUGAUGGGCUGCAUCAAGAGCUUUUGCGCGCUAGGUCUGCCAUUGAGUACGAAAAGAAGGCUAAAGUUGAACUCAUGGACCAGAGACAGGCAAUGGAGACAAAUUUGGUUACUAUGGCACGUGAAGUUGAGAAGCUACGAGCUGAGCUUUCUAAUUCUGAUGGUAGAGCCUGGGCCGUAGGUGGAUCAUAUGGGAUGAGAUAUGGAAGACAUGAUGCAAGUUUUCCUGCACCUUAUGGCGAGGGAUAUGGGAUUCAUAUGGGUGCUGCUGACAAGGGUCCUUUGUACGGUGCUGCUUCAGCUUCACGGGGAGGACUUGAGAAACCUCAAAUGAAUCGUCGCUGAGAUGAAAGCUGGAAAGCUUUGUUCAAUGUACUUUUACCUUUAUCUUGCUGCCUUUAUGCUAUGGGAGGACAUUUUUGGGCGGCUAUUGUUAAGGAAACACUCGAGGAUUGAAUGACCCAACUUGAUGGCAAGGUUGACCAUUUGGAAGGACAAGUGUAGACUAUGGCAGAAAGGCAGCGGUUACGAAGUUGAGCUGUGAUAUGUGGGCUGUGGGAGCUCAUGACGAUCUGAUCUAAGCCAAUCUGAAUUGGGGUAUUUCUGAAUGAGAUUGAAUUGUCAGCAAAAGCAAUUUAAUUGACAUCCACUUUGGGCCUGAAUUGAAGGGUGUUCUUAUGAUUGGGAAGAACUUUUGACUGUGAAACAGCUCACACCGCUGCAUCCUGAAUAACCAAAUCAGCAUAUGUGAGUCGCAUAACAAAAAUUUCAAAAUGGACAGAAUUUGGGAUGCUGUUAUAGCAGCAGCACAUAGACAUGGUUUUUAACGUUUUUAUGCUCCCAGAGGUUGUGCUUAUUAGCAACAUCAUAAAGUUACUCAUGCAAGGGGGAAACAUUUUUAUGGUCCCAGAGGUUGUGCUUAUGCGCAGCAACAUAAAGUUAUGUAUGCAAAAGCGGGAUUCUAACAUUAAGGGGAUCCACAAAAAACAGCUUGUUGGAUUGAUAGUAAAAUCACAGAAUUUACCUGGACCGACAUGGCACAUACAUGACAUGGAAUUAUCGGGACUAACCAGAUUUUCACUGAUUGGUAUACAAUGCUGAAAAUGUUUGCAUCAGCAUACUAGGGUCAAAUUUGCCACAAUUUUAUAUUGUCUUGUACGGGACAACUUGUUUCUUAGUCUUCAUUAUCUUUUCAAUUUCUUUCUCACUGGGAAUUAAAAGAUGGAGUUUGGAAUCUGAA